CGAAACUAUAGUGACGUAUCCGUUGCCGCAGCAACGCUCCGCCCCCCCCGCGGUGCGGACUAGGAAGUCACCGGUAACCUUCAGUCAGGGCCGGGAGCAGAGCAAGAGAGGAGCUGACGGCGUAAGGAGCGGCCAUGGUGCUGAUCAAAGAGUUCCGUGUUAUUUUGCCUGUAUCUGUGGAGGAGUACCAAGUGGGGCAAUUGUAUUCUGUGGCUGAAGCCAGCAAGAAUGAAACUGGAGGAGGAGAGGGUGUGGAAGUGCUUGUGAAUGAACCCUAUGAAAAAGAUGGCGAAAAGGGCCAGUACACACACAAAAUCUACCACUUGCAGAGCAAAGUACCGGUGUUUGUUAGGAUGUUGGCGCCCGAGGGGGCUCUGAAUAUGCAUGAAAAGGCCUGGAAUGCCUACCCCUACUGUCGAACCAUAAUUACAAAUGAAUACAUGAAAGAUGACUUUUUGAUUAAGAUUGAAACAUGGCACAAGCCAGAUCUAGGAACGCAGGAAAAUGUGCACAAGCUAGAGCCAGAGGUCUGGAAGAACGUGGAGGUGGUUCAUAUUGAUAUUGCUGACCGAAACCAGGUUCUUACUAAGGAUUAUAAACCAGAGGAGGACCCAGCAAAAUUUAAGUCUGUCAAGACUGGUCGUGGACCAUUAUGCCCUGAUUGGAAGAAAACGUUGGGGCAGCAAAAGGACUGUCCUCACAUGUGCGCUUACAAGCUGGUCACAGUCAAGUUCAAAUGGUGGGGCCUCCAGAACAAAAUUGAGAGCUUCAUACAAAAGCAAGAGAAGAGGCUGUUUACAAAUUUCCAUCGUCAGCUUUUCUGUUGGCUGGAUAGAUGGGUGGAACUAACAAUGGAUGAUAUUCGCAGAAUGGAAGAUGAGACAAAGAAACAGCUUGAUGAGAUGCGAGAGAAGGAUCCAGUGAAAGGAAUGAUGGCUGCAGAUGAUUAAUACUGGGGUAGUGAAGUCUUUGAAGUUUUGACCAAUUGGACAACUCCAUGCUCCAGUCCUGAUAGAUAACUAACUUGUGGAUCAAGCCCCAUUUCCUCUUUUGGCAGACGAUUUUAACCCCUUUGUAGUUAAUUCUAGGCACCUCUCAAUAUCAUGAGCCAAUAGUGCUGCCAUUCUUGGCACUGCGUGAGGAAAGAGCUCACUCCUCAGGUGCAUAGUGUAUACUUGUAUUAAUACAGCCCUUUCCUCUUAUAUUUUCCAUUUCUGAAGAUUUUCCUUUGGGUUCCUGUUUAAUUUGUCACUUUUAGUAGAAACAAUGUCUUGUUAUAUUGUAAAAUACUGGUGGUUUGUUUUGUUUUACAACUUUUUUUUUCUUUUUUUUGAACAUUGGGAUUCAUUGCGUUUUUUCUCCUUUGCUUGAGAGAGUGGAGAUGUAGAAGAUAAACAUGUAACCGCUUAAACUUGUUUUAUUACUUCCUCUCGGUAAGGUUUCUUUUGCUUAUUAAAAGGGCUUGACAUUGCCAGAGAUCCACUUUGCCUUUCAGAAAUGUAUAAGAUCUUUUAGAAUGUUACAGAUAAUUAACUUCUGCCUGCCUUCUUCAGAGAAAACAUUCCUGUGUAUAUGUAUGUAUGUAUGUAUAUAUAUAUAUAUAUAUAUAUAUAUAUAAAACAAUGCUGGAAAAAUAUAACUAUGCUCCACCAGUCAAGUUAUCUGCAAUCAAGGGGGAGUGGGGUUGCUCUUUACCUUUAGGAGAUUUUGUUGGAAGGAUGGAGCAUGCCCAGUUGUACCAAACCAGCAGUUGUGCAAUAAUAUUGAUCAUUGCUACAUAUGUAUAUAUUCAGCUAACAUCAGUCCUUUUCAAUACGUUUAUUUCAUUUUUCAUCAAAUGCUUGUAACUGUUAGAUAUUUGAUUCAAUUAAAUCCUUCAAGACAGGACACUUUUUUUAAA